CCUAAGCGCAAAAAAGGACCUACAAGAGACACAGCACGGAAUAAAUCAACGUAAAAUCUGUAAUCUUAAAACAUCUUCAUUAAAAUGGCAGAUGUUAAGGAUUCGCAAGAGGAGCACGAAACCUCCACAGACAACACAGAAGACUCCAACCAUGACCCUCACUUUGAGCCCAUUGUCUCAUUACCUGAGCGGGAGGUCAAGACCUUGGAGGAGGAUGAAGAGGAACUCUUUAAAAUGCGGGCAAAGCUGUACCGCUUUGCCAGUGAGAACGACCCUCCAGAGUGGAAAGAGCGCGGCACGGGGGACGUGAAACUUCUCCGACACAAAGAGAAGGGAUCCAUCCGCCUUCUGAUGAGGAGGGACAGAACCCUGAAAAUCUGUGCCAAUCACAACAUUAUGCCGUUGAUGGAGCUGAAGCCCAACGCAGGAAGUGACCGCGCCUGGGUGUGGAACACGCAUGCCGACUUCGCUGACGAGGAGCCGAAGCCUGAGCUUCUGGCGAUCCGUUUCCUCAAUGCAGAAAAUGCACAAAAGUUCAAGUUGAAAUUUGAUGAAUGCAAAGAGGAGGUCAGAAAGCAGAUGAGCGCGGAAAGGAAAUCUCAAGAGGGUAACAACAACAGCGCAAACAAAGUCGCAGAGAAACUGGAGGAGCUCUCCGUAAAGGAUGGUGAAAAGACCUCAGAGGGAAAGAAGGGAGAGGCGGAAGAGAAGGAGAAAGCUGAGGAGAAGAAAUGAGAACGGCGGGGGGGGGGAAACCAUCAGUUCUUAUCCCUUCUUCAACUUGUCAUUUCUCCCUUUUCUACAAUAGACUCUGAAAUUUGGACACUCGCUCUUUUUUUUUGUUUGUUUUGUUCUUUUUGUUGAAACUUUUUUUUUCUCUAUUCUUUUUCUUUUUUUUUUUUAUUUGUUUGCCUCUUGGUCACAAGAUCUUGGUGCCACUCUUAAGAAAAAAAAAAAAAGUUUCCAUUCCUCAAUCAUCAAUAUGUCGUGUGCUUCUUUCCAUAGCUCUCUACCCACUAUUGCUGUUCUCAUCCAUCUGUUUUGGAAAAGGUUGUUUGUGCUGGUCAUCUGUAAUCUAACAGUGAUGUGCUGUGAAACAGGGUGUUGUGGAUAAACCCUUUAUUUUUUUUGGGAGGGGGGUGGGGUGCUGAGGCAGAAAUAACUGAUUUCUGUGUUGAGUGCAAAUGAAUGAUGAAUGGUGAAUGAUGGGCAGAGUGACAGGAGAGCGAUUGUUGGUUUUUUUUUGUUUGUUUUGUUUUG